AAAUGGCCGUAAACGUGUAUUCCACCUCCGUGACGAGCGACAACUUAAGCCGACAUGACAUGCUAGCCUGGAUCAACGAGUCGUUACAACUAACUUUCACCAAGAUAGAGCAACUUUGUUCAGGUGCUGCCUAUUGUCAGUUUAUGGACAUGCUCUUCCCAGGUUCCAUCACGCUCAAGAAGGUGAAAUUCCAAGCAAAGUUGGAACACGAGUACAUUCAGAAUUUCAAGAUGCUACAAGCAGGUUUUAAGCGAAUGGGGGUUGACAAAAUAAUACCCGUGGACAAAUUAGUGAAAGGGAAAUUCCAGGACAAUUUCGAAUUUGUUCAGUGGUUCAAGAAGUUCUUCGACGCGAAUUACGACGGGAAGGACUACGACCCUGUGGCCGCUCGGCAAGGCCAGGAGAGUUGCCCCGCCCCGCCUCUGGUGGUCCCGCUGCUGAACAAGCCGAAGAAGACUCUCGGUUCUGGUGGCACCGUCCCAGCGAGGCCCAUGGUUGCGCAGAGAACAACGGUGGCGAAUAAAUCCGGGCCUGGCAUGAUCAAAAAGCCUCCUGGGGGGAUCGGAGAGGACGAAUCGGCCGAGUUGAUACAACAGAUCAACGCAUUAAAGAUGACUGUGGAAGAUUUAGAAAAGGAACGAGAUUUCUACUUCGGGAAACUGAGGAACAUCGAGCUGAUCUGCCAGGAGAACGAAGGCGAAAGUGAUCCGGUCCUCCAGAGAAUCGUGGAAAUACUUUAUGCUACAGAUGAAGGCUUUGUGAUACCCGAUGAAGGAGCCCCUCCGGAGGACCAAGAGGAGUAUUAACAACUUUAACCAGCCGAGCAGCAGCAGCAGCAGCAGCAGCCUCAGAAGUCAGAAAUCUUUGCCCCCCCCCCCAAUCAUGUGUUUAUCUGUAAAAUACUCCAUUUUAUUCUUACAGGA